CGCCAUUCGACCUUUGUCUCCCGGGCGCAGUCGUGUAACAUCGUAGCUGUGUUUUCUGUCCCAUUUUCUUCUCAAAACACCAAUCUUGAACUGAACCAGAAUGUCUGACGAAGAUGGUUGCAAGUGUUACGUUGGGAAUCUGGAUUUCAACGUUGGUGAUGAUGAACUUCGACACUACUUGGAAUCACAAAUAGCCGGGGCAGUCAUAAUAGAUUGCAAAGUUAUUACAGACAGAGAUACUGACCGUUCAAGAGGUUUCGGCUUCGUCACAUUCGAUUCCAAAGAUACAGCAAAGCUUUGUUGUGACCUGGACGGACAAGAUAUGAAAGAAAGAGCUCUGAAGAUCAACCUGGCCACCAACAAGAGAAGCGGCGGUGGUGGAUACGGACGUGGCGGUGGCGGAUACGGAGGUGGCGGCGGCGGAUACGGAGGUGGCGGCGGCGGAUACGGAGGUGGCGGCUAUGGUGGAUCAGGUGAGGAUUAUGGUGGUGGUAGAAACCAUCCCUACAGACAAGGAGGCGGCGGCGGUGGUGGUCGUGACUACAACAGCGGUGGUGGUGGUGGAUACAGGAGUGGUGGCGGCGGCUACAGCUCAGGAGGAGGUUAUGGCGGUGGUGGCAGUUACAACAGUGGAUAUUAGGAGGAUCCAACGCGACGAUCGUUCUAGGUGAAGGCAGAACACUCCACAAGACCUCGUAUAGGCCAGGGCCUAGCUUUUGCAAAACUUGACAUUUCUAAAAGGAGUGAAAACUCCAAAUCCAGUGAACAUUUAUCCACUGCCUCAUAAUUUUAAAAACAUAUUCUUAAGGACGUCAACAAAGGAACAGUUCAGCUGCAAUCAUGUUAAUAAUAACCAGAUCAAGGAAAUAGUGCAACACCUUAUCAUAAUCCAGAAUUGAAAGCUUCAUUAUUCAUUUGGUCCAUUUUGCAUGAUGUUAUACUGCAUUCCAUAUUCAAACAUAAGGACAAGUUGACGAUAUAUCUCUGGCGUGUUUUACGAAUUAUUGAUAGUUGUUUCUAUCUUAUUGUACUGUAUAUCUGGGUUACUUCUUGUUAAAAACAACUGUGUUCCUUAUAAUUAGUAUACCAUAGAAAAUGGUGUUCAAAACUGCCAUAUGGGAGGGGUUGCUAGCUGUAUCAUACUAUUAAAAGGCAAUGAUCUGCUUAUCCUUCGACUAUGAAAUUCUUGUUGUGUAACAUGUAAAAAUCACCAUGCUGGGGCCACAAAAAAGAAAAGAAAAACUUCAGGUUUAGCUGAUGUGUCGUUGAUUGAAUGCAACCAUUUGUUUUAAGGGAGAUUCUUAUUUGUCAAUAAAAAGCUUAUCUUGUAAA